AUGCUCUUUGUGAAUGGGCUCUCCGCCUUGACCCGGAUUGCUCUGCCAAUUGUCACCCUUUUGGAGUCGAUUUGCGCGCCUCUUAUCAUCUUCUUGGCCGUAUUUCACUCGAAGAAGAUGCAUCGAUAUCGAUUUCUGAUCAUAAACAACGUAAUUUGGAGCUGUUUGUUCAAUUGGACCGUUUGGUUUGCGGACCCGGCUUUUCUGUUCCCGGCAGCAUGCCUCGUUCUAUACAACCCUCUCGUUCAUCGGGUUCCAGUGGCCAAAGGAGUUUCGUCGUUCAUGAUCUUUUGUUUAGUGAAUGUUGAGUUGGCUGUGGUUUGGAGCUUGUUGUAUCGGUAUUUCAUGGUAAGGAAAUACCCGGCGGUCAUGGUUAUUUGACGUAACUGUACCAUACAUUGCGGUUGGCAUAUCAUUUUGUCCAGCAGUGUAGUAGGUCGGCCACCCGAUGCCUUCCAAGGUGCGAGAAUUGGCCGCUAUGAAUAAACUGCAUCACAUUUCACUAAAAAAUCCGAACUCCCUCCUUUUUUGUACACUCCGCCAUUUUGAAAAUUGAAAAAUAUAGGUGCGAGAUGUUAUACGAUGAACAUGUCCCAGCUAAUUUUUUCAAUUUUUAAAUUAAAAAAAUUUUUUUCCAUCGUAUAACAUGUCACAAAUAAUUUUUCUCAGCUUGAAAAAAGGUUAAAUCGUACAACAUGUCACAAUUUAUUUUUUCAAAUUUCAAAAUGAGAAGGAAUGUUCAAAAAAGGGGAAUGUUCAUUCAAGAGAGAGUGUUCAAAAAGGGGGAGAGUUCGGGCUCAAGCGGACCUGAUCCAGUAGCAAAAAGAGGUGCCAUUUUGCAUCCGGGAAGUAUCAAAAAUAUGGCAAAAUGUUUCCUUCUCCAAGUGAAAAAACUCCGAUUUCAAAAGCGCGCCAUCAAAAAGAAGUUUUAUUCACUGGGAGGGGGAAGCAUUUUGCCACAUUUUUGAUGCUUCCCGGAUGCAAAAUGGUACGUUUUUGCCACUGGAUCGGGUCCGUCACUGCUUUUCAGUCCUUCCCCGGCAAGCUCAGCGACUUUGUGGAGAAAGGAAGGCUCUGCUGGAUAUGCGUGGUCUCCAUACAUGCUGCCUUCUACGGAGUUGCAUUUCUGCCAUUCUACUUUCAUCCAAUUCGGAGUAAGUUUCUUUUUGCCUAUAUACACAGUAUAAGAGCAGGUUCCGUGGACCAGUCGAUUGAAAAGGUCCGUCUGCUCGACCAACUUCCCCACUUCAACGAUAUUGAACCGGAGAUUGGGUACAUUUGUGCUCCCAAUGUGAAGCUCGUGUCCAAAUGGACCUUUGCCGCCUUUAUAACCAUGAUUCUGUGGUUUAUUGUGGGAAUGAUCAUUUUUAGCACCAUGUUUUACAGAAUUAUGGUGGUUUUUCAGCAAACGAACAUGAUGAGUAGCACUCAGCAGAUGCAUGUCAUCUUGUUCAAGGUUAGCAUUGCUCUAAUUUUUAUAACGCUAUGUGCAACAGUGGCGGACCUGAUCCAGUGGCAAAAAACGUACCAUUUUGCAUCCGGGAAGCCUUAAAAAUGUGGCAAAACACCUCCCUCUCCAAGUGAAAAAACUCCGAUUUCAAAAUCGCGCCCACUCUUUUUGUGAAGGAAUUCAAAACGGAGUUUUUUAGUUGGAAAUGGAGGCAUUUUGCUACAUUUUUGGGCACUUCACGGAUGCAAAAUUCUACGUUUUUUGCCACUGGAUCAUCACUGUACAGGCCGUUAGUGUUCAACUGUUCGUUGGCUACAUUUUCCUCCUCUUCCCCACCGCCGCUCUUCUCUUAACCAUUGCCCUUCGAUGGGACGAGGGAACUACGAUUGCCGCCUUCUGCAUCAUGUUGGUGCAGGCCCACGGAUGCGUUGAUUUUGUUACAAUGAUCUAUUUCAUAACGCCGUAUCGCAGAAAACUGCUUGAAAUCCUUGGCCAUAACUAUCGAAAGGCCAAAUUGCGGGGUAGCACUACGCUUGUUCAGACAACUGUAUGA